UCUGUCUCUGGAGAACUACGUAACCAAGUUCGUUUAGGCAAAGCGAAACAGGCAACGCAAUGUCAACCCAAAAGCAGCGUCUUAGGAGCGAUGGGAACAUUUCAGAGAGAAUCAACGGCGACCGCCUUUGGUUUUGCGCUACUGUGCGCCAAGAGACGAAUUCAUAGGACGCGCGUCUUUUCCUUUCCACAAGCUCGCAUUCGCGUGAAGAAGUUCUUCGGCGUGUGACUCCCGCCACACCGUCACCGGUCCGGACCUCUACACUUCUGUUUUAAACUUUAUUUACAAAGGAAUAACGACAUCGGAAGAACAGCACGAGUGACUUUUCUUGGGUUAUAAUACGAUUUUAUCAUUUAAAGUAAACUGUUUGAGUCGUUUUGACUGACGUUUGGUGACGGUUUAUGGACACGGGUUUUGAGGGACCGCAACGAGAAUCUCCUGUUCAAAGAAUUACAUUCUCUCAUGAGUUCUCAUUGGAUUAUUUGAGUUAUUCAUCAACUUAUCAAACUAGACUAUUCAUAAUGUUGUUUUCGAACAAUAUAUUACAACUCAGAAAGCCAAAGAUGAUCGCUAUACGGAUGGCGUUACUCCACGCGGUCCUCAUCGCGUCUCUCCACGAAGUGUGUGAGAGCAGAAGUGGUGGUAGUGAUCUCAUGCCCAGAUUCUCAUCCUCCUUACCUACAUACCUCCCCGUGUUCUGCCAACUGCAGGGUGCAGAGUCAUCCUUCUUUCUCCGGGAGGCCACGCAGGAAGUGAUGCGUAACGGGAGCUUGCAGACACGCAGUGAGCCGCUCUUUCUCCACUUGCCCGAAGCUGGCCCUUCACCCCUGUUGUCGGUCAACUGUAGCUAUGGCAACUUCACUGCAGAGGAACCUGUACCACCUGAAUUCCUCCAGGGGGCGCUGCCACACUCCUUUCACACCUCUACACACCUGACACUGGGUUGGAAGGUGAGAGCACACCUAGUGACAAGAAGGAUAGGAUUUGAUCGUUCAAAAAUCCAGGUGUUGUUUUACCUUGCGGGCCGCAGGUGGGAGGACAUGGAUCCUCCUGCCGAACUUUUGCCCUGUAUCCAUGUCAUAGGGAUUCGCGACCAAGGGGAAGGUUCUGUAUCCGCUGCCUGCCGAUUAGAGGGAAACAUGGGAAUCUGUGUAGCCCAGCUUGGCGUCCCUACAACCUGGUUCAACCCUCCUCCUCCACGUAGACGCACACAGGAACCCGUCCCUGUCACGGUUGAACUGCACUUCUCCAUCCUGCCUCCAGAGGGCCUGGGCAGAGAGUGUGUUGCAGGUAGGGUGCAAGGAAAGGCUGUUGGACAAGAAGGGGAUAUGCAGAGGAUUGGAACAGUGACUAUUGCCACUGGGGAGAAUAAAGCACCCAAAAACAGACUCCGGCUGGAUGGGGACGUAGAGAUCGUUGUGCCGCCCAGCCCAUUCAAACAAGGACAGUCUGUGGGAUUUCAAAUAAUGAUGAAUUCCGCAACCACCACCGAACAGUUCACAUUGAGAGUCCAGUAUGGGGAAGGCAUUAAUUUCAUGGUGGUGAAGCCCAGUAAUCUGGCAGCAUGGGAAAUCAAGCAAGAAGUAGUGCCUGGCUCCUCCUCCCUCUCCAUGUUCUGUCAGAGGAAGGCCAGCUCCACCAAUGAGAAACUUGAUGGUUCCUUCUAUGAGAUCAUGUGGGUAGACUUUGAGAUUGACAAUUUCAUGAACCUGCAGUCAUCUCAGUCCAUCCGCUGGCAGAUAGAGUAUCCCUCCACUGGAGCAUCUGCUGAAGCCAUCACCUCUGUCUACAUCAGCCAGAGAGACAUACAGGGUAUCGUACCCCUUGCUGAGGACACAGAGAUCCUGAACACUGCUAUUCUGACUGGACGACGUGUUUCCAUGCCAGUAAAGGUUGUUACCGUGGAGCAGGAUGGAACGGUGAGAGAGGUGGAUGACCCCGUGACCUGCAUCUCCACAGAUGAGGAUGUCCUCAAAGUAUCUCUUGGUUGUGAUGAGGUAUUGGUGAAUGGAAAAGAGAUGAGGGGGCGUGUCUCUCUUCAAGUGAACUUUACCUACCUCUAUUUGACCAGCCAAUUAGAGCUCACCGUCUGGGCGCCACGGUUACCGCUCCAGAUUGAUGUCUCUGAUGCAGAACUCAGCCAAGUCAAAGGAUGGAGGGUACCCAUCAUUACCAACAGGAGGCUGACACGGGACAGUGAGGAUGAUGAAGAGGAUGAGAAGAAGGGCAAAGGCUGUGCCCUGCAGUAUCAAUAUGCUCUGGUGCGCGUUCUCACACACUUCGUAGCCGAGCCAGCAGACCCCGGUGGAGAGCUUGUGCACAUGCUGGGCUCUGAUUGGUCAGCAGACAUCACAGAGAUGGUCCUGGCCUUCCUGAAAGUGGAGGAUACGCACAUUGCUCGACUGAUUGAUGGGAGGGUGCUGGUGGGAAGAGACCUUGGCAUCACCACUAUACAGGUGAUAUCCCCUCUGUCUGACUCUAUUUUGGCUGAGAAGACCAUCACAGUGCUGGAUGAUAAAGUGAGCAUCACUGAUCUGGGAGUUCAGUUGGUGGGCUCGCUAAGUCUCUCCCUGCAGCCCAGUUCCACCAACAACAGAGCCUUCUACAUCACAACUACAGCUCAGGAUCUUCUGCACACACCCAAACAGGAAGCUAUCAUCAGCGCAUGGAUUCAGUACAGCGAUGGCGCUGUGACCCCUCUUGACAUCUAUGACCUCAAAGACUUUACCCUAACUAUCACAUCACUGGAUGAAACGGUGGUCUCCACCUAUCAGGACCAAUCCCAGCGCUGGCCUGUUGUGGUGGCGGAAGGUGAGGGCCAGGGGGCACUGUUACGUCUCGAGAUGAUGAUCUCAGAAACCUGCCAGAAAUCCAAGAGGAAGAGCAUCUUGGCAAUGGGAAUAGGGAAUGUACAGGUGAAGUUUGGACAGAACGACCUAGAACAGAGAAGUGGAACCCAAGAGGAGAAUAGUCUGGACAACAGCACAAAUGAACAGAGACAUAAGGUUGUAGAACCAGAUAAAACUAGCGGAGGAGAUAGCUGGAAACACACAAAUGCAGCGGUUGACAGAGAAGAAUCAGCAUUGAAGAAAGUCAGCACCACUACAAAGACAACACUAACUAGUCGCUCUGGGGGCAAUAAGCAAGGUGGCAGACAAAACAACAGUCCUGGGGACUACACCAGUUACCCUGCACAGGUGGAACUGCCUGGUGGAGCUGAGAGUGACCUGACCCAGACUUCAAGAGGUCUGUCGGACCUGGAGAUCGGCAUGUAUGCCCUUCUCGGAGUCUUUUGCCUUGCUAUCCUUGUCUUCCUCAUCAACUGUGUCAGUUUCGCCUUCCACUACCGGCACAAACAGCUUCCUGUUUUAGAGCAGGGUAACAUGAACCAUGCCCACGAUUGGGUGUGGCUUGGUAAUGAGGCAGACCUGAUGGAUCACCAUGGGCCACUAGCACACAGUGAUGAGUGCACAACUGCAAUAGACCGCAACGAGGGGUGCGAGGAGAGUAAGUACCUUCUCAAUGGGAGCGGCCUACAGAAAAGCAUCUCCUCGCAUGGACGUACUCUACCCCACACGUAUGCAGAUCCACGGUCCUGUUCGGGCAACGACCCUACUGGGAAAGUGGAACCCCUCAACAAUUCACCCAGUGCAGCCAAGCGCAAAAGGGUCAAGUUUACCUCCUUUGCCACCGUAUUACCAGACGAAGGGGGGCCGUACACCAACUCCAUCCUUAUCGGAAAUGAAGAUGACAUUAAGUGGGUCUGUCAGGACAUGGACCUGGGACAUUCUGCAGAGCUCAGAAGCUAUAUGGAGAGACUGCAAGACAAUCUGUGAGAGCUAGGAAGAGAGAAAAAGAAAGAGAGAGGGGGGACAAACAAAAACUCACCAGAGAUGCCUUUGCACUGAGUGGAGAAAAAUGGAUGUGGGAUAAGACAGAGGGAGGACAGGGAAAGAUAAAUUAAUAAAGAAUUUAAAUUGGAUACAUGCAAGGAAUGGUUAAAAGAAAGCCAAAUGAAUUAAUAAAAUCCGUUAAGAGUCUGAAGUAGGAAAUUCACAAAAAGGGGAAAUGGGUGAAGACAUACUGGCACAUUCGUACUGGCUCUGAUGAGCAGUCCAGGUGGCACAAAGAGAGCAGCUGCCAAUUGGCUAACGCAGGGACAGAACGCCAGUGACCGACACCCUGAAUAAACAAGCUUAAACAAGACAAGCGAGAGAAUGAAUAAAAGGAAACAAACCUGACAGCUGUACAGAAAAUUACAGUCCAUGAAAGUCAAUGAACAGGGGUUGUUAUUCCUAAUGUAAUUUAGUUUUUGUUUUGUUUAGACUUAAGUCUGAAAUAUGGAUGGUUUCAACAGAUCUUAUUUUAUAAGGUAAUACCAGGCUUUUUUCAGUUUAGAUUAGUAUGUAAGCAGACCAGAACAGGCACCUCACAGUCCUUGCCUGCCCCAGAUCUAGGUGUUUUUUCUUUUUUUUUUUUUUUUGUGUUACGUAUCCAUUUUGUACCGUCUGUCUCCUUGUGUGAAUUCCGAGAGUUGGGGAAGCAGUUUAUCCCUCGGCUGGGAUGCUAGCCGUAUCUACACGCACCGUUUAAGGAGUCUAUCAAAAAACUCCAAAACACCACAUUCCUCCCUCCAUGUCUCCUAUGGGAGAAAAACACAAGACAUCUGUGAUGAAAAGCAACAUAACAAUAAAUAGACUCCUCAUGCCCUGCCCAUUCAUGUGUGAAGGAUUGAGGACUUAUUUUGAGUCCCAUUGGGAGGAUGUUCAUUUGCACAAUAAGAAUAAUGCAGGAAUGCUGGUAGUACAUACUGGCCCUCAGCUGAUCAGAGACCAGCCCAUCUGAACUGUGCAAUCAGUAAAUGACCCAGACUUACAACCUGACUGUGAAUCUGGCCUCACAUAGAUUUGUGAUGACAAAUAUCAGAGAGACCAUGUAGAAAUCUAACCUCAGAAAAUGAGUUGUGUUUGUUAUAAAACCAUUUGAUUGCUGUGAUGGAAAAAUAUACAUAAUAGAUAUGGUCUAUUAUUCUCCAGUAUGGUAAAUGUAUGAAUGUUUCUCUUUCUAUUAAGGCAAAAUGUACAUCAUUUACCCCCUUUUUACAUGGCUGUAGCACCUGCCCAUGGUUUUUACAUGCCCUAGGUUUUAAAACAACUUUCUAUUUCUGCUUCACCAACCCAAUCCAACACUCCCCAAUUCCCAAAUCCUUGUUGUUUAUAUUACUGAAGAGUUGCAGGGAAGGAAAAAAGUUGAACCUUCUCUCUGAAAGCUCAGGUGAAAUUACACUCACAGAUGAAAUGUGGUAGAGUUAAAAUGUAGAUUAUAAGAAUGCAAUAUUUAUUUGUAAGUGUAACAUGAGAUAGGAUGUAAAUAAACUGAUUCAAAAUUUCUUGUUGACACUGCAAGAUGGUUGUUGACUACAUGGGUACAUUUUCAAAUUUGAUAGAAUUAUGGGAUGAUAUUGGUGUUUCAUAUAUUGUUAAGGUCUGCUUUUCCCUUUGGGAAUAUAAAUGAUAGGCUUUGUUAUAUUAAGACAUGUCAUGGGUUUUGUCAGGACUUGCACAUUUCCCAUUUAUAUAGGAUUCAAUAUUUUCCUUUGAUAUAUAUUAUUCCUUUUCAUUUCAAAGGUGUUUGAAUACUUAAUGCUACACUAAAAGUUGUUCUGAUGUGUCAAACCCGAUGUGUGAGUCCAUAGGUUUGCCAAAAAUGAUACAGUAUGAAGGAUACACUGACAUGCUUCUUGAUUUUAGCAGUCGUGUUAAAGGACAACAAAACAACUUUAGCCCAGCAGCCACAAGUUAGAGGUGUUUCAAAACCCAUUUUAACCAAAACGUACAUACCUCAUUUUGCCUAGAAGAAAUGACAGAAUUUCUUGUUUACUAGGUUUUUUCAUGGGAUUGUUUUAACAUUUACUCAAAAAAAAAAAAUAUUCAUUCUAUUCUAGCCUUGUCUCUCUAUACAGCAUAGUGACUGUUCUUUCUUAUUAAGUUGCUUGGUUUAAGCACUAUCCAGUUUAUUGUUGGUUGUGACAGUAAAUUUUGGCAAAGCCAUAUAAAAGAAUGUAAGAGAGAGAGAAAGAGAUGUUGAGCUCAUGUGUUUGUCAAGGCCAUCAAUGACAACUUGUCAAACAGACAAAUAAUACACUGGAAAGUAACAAUAAAGAACUUCUAUUAGACAGUUCACCAUCCACAUGAGGCCUUAGAUACAAUGUCACACACUCAAGACGGAGAAUAGGAACUCUUGUUUUCCAUUUUCACACUCUACUCUGAUACACCGAUCAGCCAUUGCAACAUUAAAACCACCUGCCUAACAUUGUGUAGGUCCCCCUCAUGCCGCCAGAACAGCACCAACCCUCACCACAAUUGUACAGAGCGGUAAUCUGAGUUACUGUAGACUUUGUCAGUUCAAACCAGUCUGGCAAUUCUCUGUUAACCUCUCUCAUCAACAAGGCAUUUCCAUCUGCAGAACUACUCCUUGCCGGAUGUUUUUUGAUAUUGGCACCAUUCUGAGUAAAUUCUAGUGAUGGUUGUGUGUGAAAAUCCCAGGAGAUCAGCAGUUACACACAUACUCAAACCAGCCCGUCUUGCCCCAACAAUCAUCCAUGCGAUAAUCUAUUCAGCCAGUCGUGUGGCAUCAGUGCAUAAAAUCAUGCAGAUAUAGAUCAAGAGUUAAUGUUCACAUCAACCGUCAGAAUGUAUGGGAAAAAAAUUAUUUGGUCCAUGGUAUGAUUUUUGGUGCCAGAUGGGCUGGUUUGAGUAUUUCUGUAACUGCUGAUCUCCUGGGAUUUUCACACACAAAAGUCUCUAUAAUUUACUCAAACCAGACUGGUUUG